AUGAUUCCAUUGGCUGUGUUCCUUCUUCUCUCUCACAAGAACAAAAAGGAAAAACAGUUGAAAAUCGAAGCUAGAACCAGGAAGGAGGGCAAUGAUCCGGCACGGCUUUCUGAACCGAAGAAAUCUUUUGAUCUUUCUGUCCUCAAAGAUCCUUUAUUUCUAGUUUACAUGUGUGAUGUUGUUGUUUCUAUGAGCGGAAUGAUAAUUGUAUUUAGUUUUUUACCCUCUUUUUUGCACAACAACGGUUUGGAACUGAGAGAAUCUGCUGCAGUUUUUAGUAUCUCCAUUACAAUUGCGGCUAUACCAAGGAAAAGAAAGAAGAGAGGAAGGAACAGAAAGUCUUCUCGCCAUUAUACGUUUAUAUUUAUCUAUAUCUGUAUUUUCUUAUCUAUCUAUCUAUCUAUCUAUCUAUCUAUCUAUCUAUCUAUCUAUCUAUCUAUCUAUCUAAGUCUCUUCAUAUCUAUCUUACUAUCUAUCUAUCUAUGUAUCUCAGUCUCUUCAUAUCUACCUAUCUAUCUAUCUAUCUAUCUAUCUAUCUAUCUAUCUAUCUAUGUCUGCUUGUCUGUCUCAGUCUCUUUAUCUAUCUAUCUAUCUAUCUAUCUAUCUAUCUAUCUAUCUAUCUAUCUAUCUAAGUCUCUUCAUAUCUAUCUAUCUAUCUAUCUAUCUUUCUCAGUCUAUACACAUCUAUCUAUUUUUUAUCUAUCUAUCUAUCUAUCUAUCUAUCUAUCUAUCUAUCUAUCUAUCUAUCUAUCUAUCUCAGUCUGUUCAUAUCUAUUUAUCUAUCUCUGUUUAUUCAACUGUUCAUUAUACCUCAACGAUUUAUCUAAACACAUAUUCAUAUAUAAUGCUGAUGUUCAUCUGUUCCUAUCUAUCUAUCUAUCUAUCUAUCUAUCUAUCUAUCUAUCUAUCCUAGUUUCUUCAGUAUCUAUCUAUCUAUCUUGCGUAUCUGUGGAUGGUGGACAUUUCGAUGUGAGAUAUGUAAAAUCAGGAUCGUUUGAUUCUGGAAACGUGAGGGAACGAUCUGUUUGGGAAGGGUAUGUGAAUACUGGAUUCAUCGAAGGUGACUCUGGUGAAUAUGUGUCCGGCGAUUGUGGCCUUCCUCGGGCGAACACCUUUCCCGAUGAACAGCUGGACGAAAACGAAAAGUCGGAUAACAUUUCAGUAAUAGUCACUGGCCAUUUGGAAGAACAGACGGGCGGAUGUCCUUUUCCCAGUCAACGUACAGAAGGGGAAGAAAAUAUUUUGGCCGAAGGCAAAGAAGACAAAAUGUAA